AUGUCUCUCUCCAUCUACGACGCCACCAUCGGCACCAGCACCCGGGCCGUGCUCACGCUACUCGACCUCGUCAAGCUGGCCCAGGCCCACCCCAAGGGCGAGGCCCUCGCCUCGGCCCGCCUGGCCGACGACAUGCUCCCGUUCACCACCCAGAUCAUCAUCGUCACCAACUUCGCCAAGAAGUACGUUGAGCGCCUCGCUCGCCGCGAGCUGCCCGUGUGGGAGGACAACGAGACGACGCUGGAGCAGUGCGUCGCCCGCAUCGAGAAGACGCUCGAUCUGCUCAAGACCGUGUCGCGCGAGGACGUCGAGGGCGCGGCGGUCAACGAGGUCAACAUCAAGAUGGGCAAGGCCGGCAACGCGGAUGUCACGACGAAGCAGUAUGUGCUGGAUUAUGCUUUCCCCAACAUCUAUUUCCACCUCACGACCGCGUACGAUAUUCUGCGCAAGGAGGGCCUGGAGCUUGGAAAGGCUGUGUACAUCCAGCAGUUUGUUAGCGAGUGGAACUUUAAGCAGUAG